UGAUUCCAAGAGAUGUGCAAAAGCUAAAAAGAGAACCACAGAAGCAUAUAUAUAAAAUUCAAUUCUCGUAGUUCAUGAGUCAAAAGUAUAGAAUAAGUGAUAUGACCGAAGUCACAUCAUAUGAAUCAUAUGUUGUGUGUUGCUUAUUGGACUAACGCAAUUCAAAAGGCUGCUAUAUUCUUGGAGGCCUCCGAACCAUCAAAUUCCAUUGUAUAAGUUGCUAGUAUUAGUGAGUCCAUUUGUCAGACCAUAUUUGUUUCCUUGUAACGUUUGAAUACCUCCAGCCAUAGACUAGCUUAAUUAUUUGUCAAAUUUCGUGAUUUGUUUAUUGUUUUAAGAGCAAAUCAUCUUAAGUAAUCUCGAACUGAAGUCUCACGAGCAAUUUAAUUAAGAGCUUUCUUGACAGCAUAUUCAGUCAACAACUAUUAUCUCCGGGAUGGAUCCGUCCAUGACAGGUACCAGCAGCGACGUCCCACUGCUUUCGCCACAAAAUUCUCCGACUGGGGUGAACCAAUGGACGGUAUGGAGGGCGGUGUUCAACGUGUCAACCACUAUAAUUGGUGCAGGAAUUAUGUCAAUCCCAGCAACACUGAAGGUCUUAGGUGUUAUUCCUGCAUUCUUGAUGAUUGUUCUGAUUGCUUUAUUAGUGGACAUAACGGUAAAUUUCAUGUUGAGGGCCACGUAUGCUGGUGAGACGACGACGUACGCUGGAUUGAUGAAAGAGCACUUUGGAAAGAUUGGUUCUUUGGCAGUACAAAUUUGUGUAAUGAUCACGACUCUUGGUUGCUUGAUCAUGUACCUCAUUAUUAUUGGAGACGUCUUUUCUGGAAAAGGAGAUCACCUUGGCGUUCUUCAAGAAUGGUUUGGGGUUCAGUGGUGGAAUUCUCGUUAUCUAACGAUCCUAUUCACUGUGUUGUUCGUUGUGCUUCCUCUAGUCCUGUACCGGCGUGUAGAAUCAUUAUGGUUCAGUUCAGCAGUAGCAAUUAUCCUAGCAGUUGUAUUUGUUGGUAUAUGUUCUGUAAUGGCGUUCAUUGCAAUCGCAAAAGGGCAAAUAGUAAGGCCAAGAAUGGUACCGGAGUUGGAUAGUACCUCUUCGUUCUUUAAUCUCUUCACCGCCAUCCCAGUCAUCGUAACAGCUUUUGCGUUUCACUUCAAUGUUCACCCUAUUGGAAUUGAGCUCGGGAAACCGGGAGCUAUGACCAUUGCUGUCCAAAUUUCACUAGUGAUUUGUUCAGUCAUCUAUUUCUCAAUUGGCAUAUUUGGGUACCUUCUCUUUGGAGAUUCAAUCGAAGCUGAUAUACUUGUAAAUUUUGACAAGUCGUCCACUGGCGCUAUAGCAAUCAGCCCCAUUCUAAAUGAUAUCGUUCGUCUGAGCUAUGCACUUCACCUAAUGCUGGUAUUCCCCCUCUUAAAUUUCUCACUGAGAGCCAAUAUCGACGAACUCAUAUUCCCUAAGAAGGAAUUACUGGCAGCUGAUACCAAAAGAUUCAUGUGUCUUACGUUGAUCUUGUUAGCCUUCUCAUAUAUAGUAGCCAUUGCUAUACCAUCCGUAUGGUACAUUUACCAGUUCAUGGGAUCAACUUCAAAUGUUUGCCUUGCCUUCAUAUUCCCAGGUGCAAUUGCUCUAAGAGAUGUCCAUGGCUUAUCUUCAAGAAAAGACAAGAUCAUCGCAGUGGUCAUGAUUGUUCUAGCUGUUGUAACGAGCGUUAUUACUAUUGCUGUCAACAUCUACAAGAUGACUGGAAACAGUUUCUAAAUUUGUAUCAUCUCGAUUUGACAUUUUCGAUUUUCAGUGUUGUAAGCUUUUAUAUUUUUUUUUGUUGAUGAGUUUCGAUGCA